UGAACGAAUAACGGUGAUGCAAUUCAGCGGUAAUCAGUUAAUCGCAUUGCACUGAAUCGCCAUCCUCAAAAUCUCCGAAUUUUUAGGCUGAGCUACAUCCACUAAAAAAAUGGCUAAAUUCCAUACCCACCAACGUAUCCAAAAAUAUUUCACUCACAUUUAUCCCUUCAACAAAUUGAUUUUCAUUUUGAAUUUUCCUAUCCAAAGCAUUUACAGAACCAAUAAUGGCAAUACCAGCUGCACUAGCCGUUGUCCCAAUCGGAAUUCUCUUCCUUCUCUCCGGCCUCAUCGUUAAUCUUCUUCAGGCAAUCAUCUUCAUAAUUCUGAGACCAGUGUCAAAGAAUCUGCACAGGAAGAUUAAUAAAGUAGUCGUUGAAUUGCUGUGGUUGCAGCUCAUUUGGCUUCUUGAUUGGUGGGCACAUAUAAAGAUUGAAGUGUAUGCAGAUGAUGAAACUUUUCGAUCCAUGGGUAAAGAACAUGCACUUGUCAUUUGCAAUCACAGGAGCGAUAUUGAUUGGCUUGUUGGAUGGACCUUAGCUCAGCGCUCAGGUUGUCUCGGUAGUUCACUAGCUGUAAUGAAGAAACAAGUAAAAGCUCUCCCUAUCAUAGGUUGGUCCAUGUGGUUUUCUGAUUAUCUGUUCCUUGAAAGAAGCUGGGCCGAGGAUGAAACAACAUUGAAGUCAGGUUUUCAGCGGCUGGAGGACUUUCCUAUGCCAUUUUGGCUUGCUCUUUUUGUGGAAGGAACACGCUUUACGGAAGCAAAGCUUCAAGCAGCUCAAGAGUACGCUGCUACUAGGGGAUUGCCUAUUCCUAGAAAUGUGCUGCUUCCUCGGACCAAGGGUUUUGUAUCAGCAGUAGUUCACAUGCGCUCAUUUCUUCCAGCAAUUUAUGAUUGCACAGUGGUCGUGGACAAAAAUCAACCUGCGCCAACAAUACUGAGAAUAAUUAGAGGACAGUCAUCAGUGAUAAAAGUGCAAAUCAAGCGACAGCCUAUGCAGGAACUUCCAGAAACCACCGAUGGCAUUUCUCAAUGGUGUAAAGAUGUAUUUGUCACCAAGGACGCAUUGUUGGAGAGAUAUUAUACACUCGACACAUUCAGCGACCUAAAGUAUCGAGAUUAUGGUCGACCCAAAAAUUCUUUGUUUGUUGUAAUAUUUUGGUCAAGUUUUCUCGUCGGUGGCAUAGUCAUGUUAUUCCAGCUUUUGUCAUUCCUAAACUCAUGGGAAGUCCUUACAUUCUCAUUAACUUUCUUAGUCCUUGUCACAAUUGUUAUGCAAAUCCUGAUUCAUUCAACUGAAUCAGCACGGUCUACUCACCAGGCAUUUUCUGACCAAGCAAACCAGAGGCUUCUUCAAAAAUGAGGCAAGAAAAUAUACUGACCAGUUGCUGAAGCUUAGUUAUACCCCUUAUUGCUGAAGCUUAGUAUACCCCUUAUUGUAUGUACAUCUUAUAUCAACCUCUAGCCGAGGAUGUAAAUCCAUGUGCUUUGUUAUCAGAACAUAACUGUGUUUUGUAACAACUAACAUAAAUUCUUGUUCACAUUUUUCUUCUAUUGA